AUCACAGCUGCUAUUGUGAGUGGCAAAACAAAGGGAAUUCUUUCCAACUAUAUAAUAAUUUCUCCUCUGUUAGGGCUUGGCUAAGAUCAGGAGUGAAGCAGGUGGGUUGGCCUCACACGAAGCAAUGGGCAGCUUGGCGGCCACUUCAUGGCCUCCUCUCUCCUUCUCACUCCUUCCCGGUUCGCUCACCACCGGCAGCCGAGGAACAAGAGCUUCUUCUCGGGUAAGGCUAAGGAUCGGCGGACCGGUGGCUUACAUGGAGAGAAGCCCAAACUCACUAACAGGAUUCGCGAGCAAGCUGAUCGGGUCUCUGCCGAUUGUGGGCCUUCUAGCCAGAAUUGUUAAUGACGAGGGAGGUGUUGGAGACGACCUGAUAGACUUCGCCGAGUUUCGGCGACGGGUGGGGAAAAAGUGCAGCAUUACUGAUUCUCGCGCCUUCAAUGAGUUUAAAGACCGCCGCGGCCGGGCCGGGGAUCCAUUUUAUGUCCUUUUGUGCUGUUGGUUGGCUGCUAUUGGUGCUGGUCUUCUGAAGUCCGAAGAGAUCUUGGAAGGGGUAGCUAGACUUCGCAUUUCCAAUGAUAUUGAAUUUGAAGAAGAGACUUUUCUUGCAACUAUGAAAGCUGCUAGAGAGAAAAGGGCAAAGAUGAAGGCAGCUGCCCCCGAAAUUCCGAUUGAAAUUCGAGUGGAGAAGGCUUUCGAAGCUAUCUAUGUUUGCUGUUUUGGUAAAGAUCCUAUCGAAGAAGAGGAUAUUAUGCUGCUCUGUAUCAUGCUCAAUGCGGUAUUCCCUUCCGUUGGGAGAUCAGCGAUAGACAGAGUAGUAAAUUCGGUAGCAAACGAAAUAGCUAAGGGUAAUCGAGCUAAUUUUUCAGAGCUGAAGCCAUUACCCAAAGAGGCUGUGGAGCGGCAAAUGAAGGAUUUGGAGUUUCUUAGGCAAGGAAGUGAGGAAUCCAGUUGACACCACGUUGUGCAGUAUUCAUUUUUCCACUUCUUAUUGUAUAAUGCACAAGAAAGAGGAAAUAUGUUGACGCCAAUCUUGUGAAUACUCUUCAUUCUCUAGUGCUGUUGAUCUUCUUUAAA